AUGUUAGCGACGAGAUAUGGGUUACAAGAGACGCACAAUGUCUAUAUUGAAGAAGCGGUUGCCAUGUUCCUCGAAGUGGUGGGUCAAGAUAAGACAGUACGGGUUAUUGCACAAAGAUAUCAGCGUUCGUUGGAUACAGUCAAAAGGAAACUUGGUGAAGUUUUGAGUGCUCUCUUGAAAUUUGCUGCAGAUGCACUAAAACCAGAAGAUGGUGAGUUCACAAGAGUAUGCCCUGCUUUGAGAAGUGAUGAUCGCUACUGGCCAUUUUUUAAAGAUUGUAUUGGAGCAUUGGAUGGAACUCAUAUCUCAGUUUGCCCUCCGAAGCGAAAUGCCGAAGCAUACAGGAGUAGAAAACAGGAGCCGACCAUGAAUGUCCUUGCUAUAUGUAACUUUGAUAUGAAGUUCAUAUAUGCUUAUGUGGGUAUCCCGGGUAGAGCACAUGACACAAAGGUAUUGACUUAUUGUGCGAGGAAUGAGCCAUUUUUUCCACAUCCGCCAAAUGGAAAGUAUUAUUUGGUUGAUGCUGGAUAUCCCACAAGAACAGGGUAUCUUGGUCCGUAUCGUAGAGUUCGGUAUCAUCUCGAUCAGUUCAACAGAGGAGGACCGCCAACGAACACUCGAGAGGUGUUCAACCGGAGACAUUCAAGCAUGCGAUCUGUGAUUGAGAGGACAUUUGGAGUGUGGAAAGCAAAAUGGAGAAUUCUUGACCGUAGGCAUCCAAAGUGA